GUUGGGAGUUGAGUGAGAGGUGUCUGGAGCACACAAAGCAGCCGCUACAGCUGCAAACGGGCGGGGAGACGGGAGGAGCACACGAAGACGCAGUCACAGCGGGAUAAAGAGGAGGAGCAGCGGGAGGUAGAAGAAGGAGGCGAGCAGAGGUGGGGAAAAAGGGUAUCCUAGAAGAAAUUCGAAGAGGGAGGGAAGGAGGAGGGCCAUGAUGGCAGGUGUGGCGUCGUAGAUGGUUAAAGCGAGGACACCACUCAUCAGGCCUUUGGGGAAAGAGAUGAUGCGAGGUUCCCGUCACUCGCGCCUGCGCUGGCUGGAUAGGUAGAUGCUGCAGCAGCCAGGGGCCCGUCUUUAUUACGGCUGCCGCCGGGCCGCGGCGGGUGAGGGGGAGGGUUCCAACUUCCAAGCGCUGCGCUCUCUGUGGUGUUCGCGAAUGCUUGUGAUGGAUUGAAAUUCUGAGGGGGUUUCGUUUCUGGGUUUGGAUUCUGGAGAGGUAGGGCCACAGGGGAGGAUCGUUUUGGUGAGGUGGUUUUGUGUUUGGUCUGGCGGCGUUUUUUGGGGUUGAUUUGUGAUGAACAUGCCAAUUUGCUGUAGAAGAACUGGGUAUCCAUGCGUAUCAGGUGUAUGAAGGGCUGCUGCUUUUGUAGUUAGUAUCAGAACUGACAUUAAGCUUCCGAAGGCAACAUGGCUGAAUUGAAGGCUGCAACAGCAAGUCUCGACGCCCGAACGACCAAGAUCAGAAAUGUUCCCAUUGCUGUAACCCCAGAAGGAUUCUGGUGCUGCCCGUCCCAGGCCGUGCUCCAGAAGACGGCGAAGAACCAAAACCAGCAGGCAAAAACCAAAGGGGGUGCCUCUCCUCCUGCAUCAAAAGCCUCGUCGAUUCAAAGGGCACCAACAAUCUCAUCAGAGAGACGAACGCAUUCGACUCCGACAAGGUCCAAAAUCAAUUCAGAGGAGCAGAGGUGCUUGUCGGGGGAGAAUGCCGCGACGAAUCCACCAAAGGCAGUGAAUGAAAGGCCACAGAAGCAGCACAAGAUAUCUGUUGGAUUUGGCCAGCAUGAGAUAAGUGACUUGAAGGUUGUGCUGUAUGGUAAGGAUGGAGUUGCAGUUAAGAUGAGUGUCCACAAGAACAUCCUAGCUGAAAACAGUACCUUCUUUGCUGACAAGCUUUCAAGGCAAACUCCAGUGUCGAGCUUAGAGGUGACUGAUUGUGAGGAUGUGGAGAUUUAUGUUGAGACUGUGGGGUUGAUGUACUGCAGUGAUGUCAAGCAGAGACUGAUCAAGCAAACUGUUCCCCGUGUCCUACGAAUCUUGAAGGUUGCAGAGUUGUUAGGUUUCCAAGCGUGCGUCGUUUCAUGCUUAGAUUACUUGGAGGCAGUCCCUUGGGUAGGGGAAGAAGAAGAGAAUGUGAUCUCAUCUGUUCGGAAUCUGCAUAGUGAGAACUAUGGUGUUAGUCCCGUACUGAAGAGGGUAGCGUCUGAUCUAACGACCCCACCAAAUGACACAUUUUCACAUAUCAUUGAAUUAGUUUUGAGAAGCAAUGAGGAUAGGGGGCGGCGUGAGAUGAAAUCCUUGGUACAGAAGCUUCUGAAGGAGAAUAGCGCAACCUGUACUAGUGGAUCUUCUGACUUAUGUGCUGAGACUCUAUACAAAUCAUCUCAGAACUGCCUGGAGUCUUUGUUGACCUUGUUUCAGCAAGCAACUGGCAGUGAUUUUGCCGAGCAAUCUCUGAAUAUUAAAGAACCAGUUUUCCGACAAAUUGCUCUAGAAGCAGAUAAUCUCCUCUGGUUAGCUGAGAUUUUAGCUGACAGGAAUGCUGCUGAUGAGUUCGCGGUCAUGUGGGCUAGUCAACGUGACCUGGCGGGGCUGCACUCCAAGUUACCAGUCAAGUCGCGCCACCUUGUUAGCUGCGUCACGGCGAGGCUCUAUGUGGCGAUUGGGAAAGGAGAGAUCCUUCCUUCGAAGGACACACGGCGGCUUCUCUUGGACAUCUGGUUGCAGCCUCUCAUGGAUGACUAUAACUGGUUGCAGCACGGAUGCAGGUCAUUCGAUCGGAAAGUGGUGGAGGAAGGGAUCGGGCGGACCAUCUUAACACUGCCACUGGAGGAUCAGCAGACGAUCCUGCUCUCGUGGCUUGGGAGCUUCCUGAAGGUUGGGGACAGCUGCCCCAAUCUCCAGAAGGCCUUUGAGGUUUGGUGGAGGAGGACUUUCAUAAGGCCCUAUGCUGAGCAACAAGGUAAUCGGUCACAAUCUGGGCGGAGUUGAGAUAUCGAUUGGUGUAAAAAAAAAUAACGUUGUUUCCUAAUGUAGCGUAUUGAUGAGAAAUUAGAGUGGUAAUUUCUUACAUGGCAGGCUGUUUGGGAGAUCCCCAGUAUGUGGAAGAAAAUGGGAGUGUAGGGUAGGAUUAGUACUGUUGACUUGUGAGGCUUGAGAAAAUGUGUGCAUUGUGCUUGCGAAGCUCUCUGAAUUCUGGGUACAGAAUUUGUUCUCUGGUCUGUAUAUCAUCAGGCAUCUGUUUGCUGCUUCUUACAACGCUGUGUGAUAUUAGUGCUACUGCACUAAGGAUCUUAUGUACAAACUCAAUGCCUUUGAUGCAAUUGUAAAGAUUUUGCAGAGAGAUGUGUUCUUCUAAAGUGAAAACA